GGGAGAGAGAGAGAGGGUGUGGUGGGGGGGUAUAAAAGGUAACUUCUUGCUGCGGCAGUUAAAAGAGAGAUUUACUUUAAAAACCUCGGCAAGGCAAGUACAGAGCAUUUAAACCACAAGCAAAGGAACCGUUUGCUGAACCCAAUCCACCCCCAAACUCUCUCUUCCCCCCCCCAAAAAACUCCGGCUGCCCCUCCGCCGCCGUUCACUUGCUUCCAACAGUCUCUCCUCCUCCUAUUCUCGCCGGCUGCGGAUCUGCAAUCAGCAGUCAGUCAGUGAAUCAUCAUCAUCAUCAUCAUGUCGGGCACCACUAACUUCAUAGACAUCCUGCUGGCCAUCCUCUUGCCCCCGCUCGGCGUCUUCCUCAAGUUUGGCUGCCACCAGGUGGAGUUCUGGAUCUGCUUGGUCCUCACGCUGUUGGGCUACAUCCCGGGGAUUGUCUACGCCAUCUACGUCAUCACCAAAUGAUCCUCUCCUCUUCCCAUCUCCGUCGCCGGCCGCUCAGGUGGCGGCCGGCUGAUGAAUUGGGGGUGUCGUGAAUAAAUAAUUAAUAAUAAAAAUUUCUUGUGUGUUGUGGAGAUUAUAUAUUAAUUAAUUAAUGUCAGCGAGUCGGUCGGUUCUCUCUUCUGUACUAUGUCUCUGUGGUGUGUGGAUUUCUAGUUUCCAGCUUUGUACACGAGGCACUGGGGAUUGUUACUUUCCCGAUUUGUUCACCUUUCUUCCUCUUUUAUCUUUUGUAAUUUAAUUAUGAGGAUGGUUGAUCGGAUUUUUGUCUCUCUUUUCAAGUUUCUCUUGACGGGUUUUUAGUUCAAUUCGUGUGUUCUUAGCUUACUUCCUUUUUCUUCACUUGUUAUCGGGGUGGACAUUAUAUAAGGUGGAGUGGGUGGAAUUUUAGGCAUAGAUUCAUCCACCCACAAUCAUGUCGGUGAAUUUUAACGUAGCUCAUGUUCAUUCAAAUAUACCACAUUGGGUAAUGCUGUUUCUGGGUGGGUGGAAUGGGUAAGGACGAUUGUAAAAUAAAUCUUCAAAAUUGAAACAAAUA